AAAAUAAAAAAAAAAUAAAAACAAUAGCCGUACGACGAGAAAUUCGAAUUACACGAUUCGAUAAGAAAAAUUGCAUCACAGUUAUCGAUAAGACCCGCUUUUUCGCGAAUCGCCUCAGUAUCGAUUUCGCUUCGAUAACGUAGAAAAAAUUUCCGGAAUUUUCAACCCGGAAAAUGUCCAAUGGAACUGCCACCGACGAUAAACUGGACAACGAAAACGAAUCCAACGAAGAGAGGGCCGUGAUGGAACUGAGAAAACUAAUGCAAGACGACCAAAUAUUGAAAAAUUUGAAAGUAGAUAACCGAUAUUUGAGCAGAUUUUUGAAUUGCGCCGAUUACGAUGCCAAAACCGCCCUGGAUAGGGUCCAUAAUUUUUACGACACUUUAACCACUCACCCAAAUUGGUUCACAAAACUCAGACCAACCGAUAAAAAGGCCAUAAUAGAAAAAGACAUCCGCAUACUGAUCGACCGCACCGACAAAGAAGGAAGACCCAUAUACAUCAUAAAAUUAGGCAACAUGGACCCGUCCGUGAUGGAUUUGAUCGAAGACGUGGUGGCCGUGGACGAUUUCUUCGUGGAGGCCUUGUUCCUAUCGGACGGCAGCAUCGACAAAGGCCUCUGCGUGAUCGUGGACAUCUCGAAUUUCUCGCUGAAGCUGAUGAAAUGGCUGACGCCGGGCAACAUCAAAAUCGCCGUGAAACGGAUACUGAGCAUGCCGAUCAAGGAGUUCCACUAUCACGUCGUCAACAGCUCGCUGUUGAUCAACGUGGCCAUUAAAAUCGUGUGGCCUUUUCUGCCGCAGCAAAUCAAAGAGGCGGUCAAGUUCCAUUUCAGCGAUUUCGAAUCGUUGUAUCGGUACGUGGAUAAGGAGUCGUUGCCGAAGGAGUACGGGGGCGAUUUGGAGGUGGAUUAUGACAGACAGAGGGCGCUGGUGUACGAGAAAAAUAGCGAGAUUUACGAGAAUUUCAGAGCGAAUCGGAUGGUGUUUUUGGAUUCGGUACAAACGGUUUGUUUACCAUCAGAAGAUUGAUCGAUUUCGCACGGUAUUUUUUUUGUAUAUAUACUACACACGAGGUGUUUAGGGUGGUUGAUGUUGAUAUAAAAUAAAUAACCGUUAUUCUCCAAUAUAAAUAAUUCUUUAAUAAAACAAUAAAAAAUCAUCUAAUCAA